AUGAAUCGCAGAACGAACAUCGCUAAUGUAACAUCAAAUUUGCUUUCUCUCUCUCCCCCUCCCUCCGUCCCUCCCUCUUACUCUCUCCUUCUUACUCUCUCUCUCCCUCUUACUCUCCCUGACUCUUUCUCUCCCCUCCCUCUUCCUCUCCCCUACCUCCCUCUUCCUCUCCUCCCUCUUCCUCUCACCUCCCUCCCUCUUUCUCUCCCUCCCUCUUCCUCUCUCCUCCUCUCUUCCUCUCUCUCUCUCUCCCUCCUCCUCUCCUCUCCCUCCCUCUCCCCUCUUCCUCUCACCUCCCCUCCCUCUUUCUCUCCCCUCUUUCUCUCCCUCCCCUCUUCUCUCUCCUCCUCUCCCCUCUCUCUUCCUCUCCCCUCCCUCUUUCUUCUUCUCCCCUCCCUCUUUCUCUCCCUCCCUCCCUCCCUCUCUCCCUCUCUCUUCCCUCUCCUCUCCCCCUUUCUCUCCUCCCUCUUCCUCUCCCUCCCUCUUCUUCUCCCCCUCUCUUCCUCUCCCCUCCCACUUCCUCUCCCUCCCUAUUUCUCUCCUCCCCCCCUCCCUCUUUCUCCCUCCAUCUUUCUCCCCCUCCCUCCCUCUUCUUCUCUCUCUCACCCUCUCUUUCUCGUUUAG